AAAAUUAGGUGUAAUUAGAAACCAUACAAAUAGUUAUGAUGAAACAAAUGUUUUGCCUCAAUUAGAAUAUUAACUGUUUGAAAGUAAUAAUAAGCCUUUGUUUUCUUACAGAAAGUAAUGGAGCAUUCUCAAAGAACAAAAAGAAGGAAAAUAGCUGCAAAAGUGGCUGAACAUUUCCGUCUUGUUUCACAGCAGAUUGACCAGCCACUGGAUUUUAAUUUGGAAGCUGCUUAUGGUGAACCAUUGGAGGAUGAUCCUUUGGAGAUCUAUCAUGAUUCUGUCGAGGAUGUGUCACAAAAUGUAGAAAAUGAAUGUGCCACAGACAUUUUUUAUGACGCUUUUGAUGAUGAAAUAUUCAAUGAUUUUGAAAAUGGGAUGCCUGCUGAUGCCAGUGACUUUGACUUGGAAUGUUCAGAUUCAGAGGAUGCUGCUUCUGAGAAAUUAGAUGAUACACGUGGACUUGCAGAGUGGGCUGCAGAAUACAACAUAACACAAAAUGCGUUGUCUGCACUUCUGAAAAUUCUUAAACAAAAAGGCCUUAAUGUGCCACUGGAUGCUAGAACCCUGAUGUGCACAGAACGCAAGUGUAAUGUGAAAAAUGUAGCAGGGGGAUCGUACUAUCAUUUUGGAAUCAGGAAUUCAGUUGUGGCAGAAUUGGCAUCCUUAGAUUUUGAUCUGAGAGUUCUGACAGACACACUUACGCUUAGAAUUAAUAUCGAUGGUCUACCUUUAUUCCACAGCACCACUCUGAGUUUGUGGCCUAUUUUGGCUAGGAUAAAGGAGAUCCCAAAUUCAAACGUCUUCAUGAUUGGAUUGUACUCUGGUGUGACCAAACCAUCUCAACUACAAGAAUAUUUGAAUGAAUUUAUUCAGGAUUUUAAAGCUGUUAUACAUGAGGGUAUUCAGCAUAAUGGUGUACAUUUCAGGGUCACUGCUCCAGAUGCAUUCAUUUGUGAUGCUCCAGCACGUGCUUUCCUCAAAUGUGUGAAGGGACACACUGGCUAUUAUGCAUGUGAACGCUGCACUCAAAGAGGUUUAUAUCUUAACAGAAGAUUGUGUUUCCCUGAGUUGACGUCUGAGCAAAGGACCGACGAGAAAUUUAGAGGUAUGGGCUAUGAAGGUCACCAAGUAGGUGUCUCGCCACUCUGUGAGUUAGGAGGUGUGGCGUUAGUUUCAAGUUUUGUGCUUGACUAUAUGCACCUUGUGUGUUUGGCUGAUUUUUCUUUGGUUAAAAGGACCGUUGAAAUGCAGAAAAUCUGUUCGAAUUCUCACUGUAAUUUCAGCAUACUUGGCUUCAGUCAGGCAGUACUUGCCCAGUAAUUUCGCAAGGAAACCUAGGUCUAUCUUAGAAAUUAGCAUGUGGAAAGCUACUGAACUGAGGCAGUUUUUACUUUACACCGGCCCUGUUGCCCUAUUAAAUAAUAUAUCCAGUGUAAUGUAUAAACAUUUUAUGCUUUUGUCUGUAGCUAUGAGAAUUCUUCUAAGCCCAGAUUUGUGCACUGAAAAUUGUGACUUUGCUGAAGAUAUUUUAAAACUCUUUGUGAAAGAUUUUGGCUUGAUUUAUGGUCUUGAAUUUGUUGGAUAUAACGUACAUUCUUUGAUACACAUUGCCCAAGAUGCACGGAACUUCGGCCCUCUGGAUAGCAUUUCCUGUUUCCCCUUUGAGACAUUUUUAGGUAAACUUAAAAAAAUUGUACGGAGACCCCAAAAUCCUGUGUAGCAAAUUGUCAGGCGCAUCCAUGAGAAGCAGAGUUUGGCAAAACAGAAGAAAACAUCCAUUUCCUCUCCCCUUAAACAGCCCCAUCUCUCUGGACCAGUGACUAAUGAACUAGGAACAUGCCAGCAGUACAGGCAGUACAAUGAUGGACAGACGUUAAUUUCUUGCUGUAAAGGCGAUAACUGUUUCUCCGUAGACGGGAGAAUUCUGAUUGUGAGAAACAUUUUGCUUUCUUCUUGUGACUCUGUAAAGGUACUGUGUAAUAUCUUUGAGAACUAUGACUCUUUUUUCAGCUACCCAAUUGACUCUGCAUGCCUUGGAAUUCACUUUGUUUCAAACUUAUCCAAAGACUUACGGAGAAAAAUGGUCCUCUUGCCAUAAAAGACUGGAUAUGUGGCAUUGCCACAACUGCACUAGCCUGCUUGUUUUGCAUUUUUCCAGCAUGCUGCCAUUUGCAAUUGUGGAUUUUUUGGACGGUGGAGGUGUAGCUGUUGUACCCUGCAAGUGGUUUACAGGACCUGAGGAAGAUGCUUGUUACUGGCCUCCAGGACGAGUAAACAUCAGCAAGGCAGUAAAGGAUGAAGUUGUUCCAAAUUCUGACUGGCCACAGUUUAAAGUGCGCAUAUUGGGAAAAGCAGGAAACUAUGCCCAUGCCACAGCAAAGCUUCUAAAGUCUGAAGUGACCUCUGACUUGCAGACGGAAUCAGAUUCUGGAGGAAAUAUGGGAAAAGGGAAGCGAAAAAGAAGGCCAGUAUCUCUGUCAAGCUCAGAUGAGGAAUCAGAUGGUGCUGGGCAUGAUCGUCCACCAUCUAGUGUGCCUUUACUUCCCCCAGUUCAGAGAUCCGCCAACCAGAGGCUCCUCAGUUGCUCAACAUCCGUCCAUUUAUCCAGCCCCCUCCACCUUCAACACCUUCAAUUGUUACACCAGACCGCAGACUUCAGCAAGGAACCAAUAAUUCUACAUUUAGGGAUGGCAUUUUUGUACGCCUUCUAUCCCUCCUGGAGGAAAUUAAGGAGAUGCAGAGGGUUCAUGGAAAGGUGAUACAGUCACUUCUUACACAGCGUGAUGGAAACACUGUUGCAGUACUACCCCAGGAUAUUCUUUUCCCCCUGAAGACGGUCUCAGAUGUUGAAGCAAUGGAGCUGAAAUUGACAGACCCCACCGUCCACAAAGAAGUGGUUGCCGUGGUGGCAGAUAUUGGAGGGAGCACUGUAGAUGAAGCUACAAGGAGAAUGAUGGCCUUCCUUUUGGAUCACUCCUUGUCGAGGGAAUACAAUUUCGUUGGGCGACAUGGAUAGCGAGAGUUCCGGGGACUCAAACUCUUUGAGGUCAUAUAUGGCAGCUUGAAAAAAAAUGCCCUUACGAACCAAAUAAACAGAAAAGAAGCAGAAAAGGCAGUGUCAAAGUGGCUCAUUGGUGCCAGGGACAGGGGAGAAAACCGGACUGCGAGGGCACAUGGUGGAGAGCAAGAUGAGGCCACUGGGAGAGUGAGAACGGAGGACUGAGGAGCUACACUGUUGCUUUGUCUUGUUUUGUUUUUGGAACUCUUCAGUUCAAGAGGUUAUUAUAACAAAUAUGUUGCUGGAGCAUUACUGCACUUUGUGUUUUGUAUUUGAGUUUUAAAAAGUUCUUAAUAAAUGAA